AUGGAGUUUAUAACUCAAACAUACCAAAAAGUUGACACCAACUCCAAAUCCAUAGCUGAUAUCGAGAAACAGAUUGCUCAACUGGCGGAGCAAAUUAGGAAAAGAGAAGAUGACAAGUUUCCAAGCACCACAACAGUCAACCCAUCUCACACCCAAAGACUCGGAAAAGAGCAUCAAGUGAACCAGGUAAUCACCUUGCGUAGUGGGAAAAAGGUUGACAAUAAGGUAAGUGCUUCUACCUUAGAUAAUGACAGUGACACUGAGGUCAUCUUUGAUGAAAAAGAAGAGUUGGAGAAAGAUUUUAAACCUGAAAAACAAAAAGUAUCUAAGGGUAAAAAUGACUCUAAAGUUGGGGAGCAUGGUGUGGAGGUUAAUACUGCACCAUACCCUUCGGCUUUAGAAAAACCGGCAUCUUUCCCUUUUGGGAAGCGAGGGACGACAAUGGAAGACAUGUGGGAUCUAUUUAGUCAAAUGCCAGCAAAGAGAUCAAGGGUAGCAUCAUCUAGCAGUGCAGCCAGACAACCAGCUAGACAGCCGGAGCCGAAUGUACCUGUGGCCUUUGACCCACAGUACCAGAUAUUGUAUGAGCAUCCAGACAACAUUCACCCAGCAGUGUACGAGGCGACUCAUCCGAUUACGGGUUUUAUUGCAGAGUACAUGGUGGAGCGACCGAGCUUCACUGGGUACAAUAUUGUGGAGACGUUUGAUCGCUACGAAUGGGGUGGAGUGCUGGACUUCAAUCCCACACAGAUUUACGUUGGUAUAGUGCGGGAAUGGAUGAGGACACUUCGACGUGUCGAGGUGCCUAGUAGGUCGGAGGAGUUGCAGCUGAUUGGGAUGGUUCGUACUCACGAUAUAGUGAUGACUGUGCAGGGUAUUCGGGACAUGUUUCAUGUAGACAUUGGAUAUCAUCUGCAUGAUCUUGAAAAUCAGCCGACUGAGUAUAGAUGUAUUGACGCGAGGGGGGUAACCCUGGGACAUAUCUCAUUUCAUGUUGAAAAUGGGAGACAUAUUCUGAGGGAUUCUGCCACAAACCUAACAUACACGACACCACUCGGAGUGGGGGAUGAGGAGCCAUUCAUUGGUGAUUUUCAGGAGGAUCAUCAGCAGCAACAGGGACAAGCAGCAGAUACAUGGAUGGAGGGUGUCGACAUGACACUAGCUGAUCUUACUGAGCAGAUGCGACAGUAUCGAUACCGAGCUCCAGCUCCGGUCUUCUACCGAUCUGGGGAUCCGAGCAACUAUCCACCACCAUCCGAGUAUGAGCAUUAUCAUCCACCACCAGCUACAGAGGAGUCUACUCGCUUUGAGGAUUUAGCUGGAUCGAUCUUUGGGUAUCCUCCACCAUACCCAUGUUAUCCUCCAUAG